GAAAGCAAAGGCAAGCUGUUAACGUUUGUUUUGAUAUUCAUUUUUCUAUAAAGUGAUGCCCUUAGAAUCUUGCUUCAAAUCUUCCACAGUUACCCACAACAAAUAUAUAUAUAUACACACACAUGUUUUGUUUGCUUCCUUUCCUACCUUAUAUAUAUUUAUAUAUAAUUAACAAUCAACACCCAUUAAGUCAUUACUUCUAACAACCCAAUUAUAUUGUCUGGAAUCUUGUUUCCCUUAUAUAUAUAAACGAUCCAACCCUUCCUUCUUCUCCCUGCGUGGGUUAUCAUAGCUAGUUUUGAUCCAAAGAAAACUAAAGAAAAAUCACCAGAAAAUGGCAAACUCGGUGCAGGUCAAGGAAGCUAUACUUAUCAAGCCAACUGAGUCGACUCCCGCUCGUUUAUUAUCUCUUUCAGCUCUUGAUUCUCAGCUUUUUCUGCGUUUUACUAUUGAGUAUCUCUUGGUUUUUAAGGCUCGUCUAGGUUUAGACCAAGUUGAUAUCACAACUAGGUUCAAAGCUGCAUUGGGUAAAAUCUUGGUCCCUUAUUACCCUCUUGCAGGACGAGUCAGGGCUAAACCCGAUGGUUCGAGUCUGGAGGUUUUGUGUCGAGGUCAGGGUGCUGUGUUCGUUGAAGCAUUUUCUGAUAAUACAAUCAAUGACUUUGAUAGGGCUCCAAGGUACGUCACACAGUGGAGAAAACUUCUGUAUUUCUACGUGGCUGAUGUUCUUCAAGGCGCACCACUCCUUGUGAUUCAGCUUACAUGGCUUAAAGAUGGCGCUGCCACGUUAGGUGUUGGGUUUAACCAUUGUGUUUGUGAUGGAAUUGGUAGUGCUGAGUUUCUUAAUUCGUUAGCUGAAUUAGCAACGAGUCAUGGUCGAGUUUUUUCUGAUUUUAAAGCUAAACCUGUUUGGGAUCGUCACCUUCUUGACCCAUUAAGGCCUUCUCGUCCCUUUUCAGUGAGUCAUCCCGAGUUCAACCGAGUUCCAGACCUUUGCGGUUUUUUAGCUCGGUUUAAUAACGAAAAACUCUCUCCCACAUCCAUUAUAUUCGAUAAGAGGUGGCAAAACGAGUUAAAAAGGCUAGCUCAGUCAACGAGUCGGCGAAGUGAGCCUGCAUACACAUGUUUUGAGGUAGUAUCAGCUCACGUAUGGAGAAGCUGGGCUAGGGCUUUAAAUCUACCAUCAAACCAAAUCUUGAAGCUUCUGUUUAGUAUUGAUAUAAGAAACCGAGUGAAACCGAGUCUACCCGGUGGAUACUACGGCAACGGAUUUGUUCUAGGCUGUGCACAAACAAGUGUUAAGGACUUAACCGAAAAGGGUUUAGGAUACGCAGCAGGUUUGAUACAGAAAGCAAAAGAAAGAGUAGACAACGAGCACGUUAGAUCGGUUAUUGAGUCAGUGAGUCAAUCAGGAGCGUGUCCUGACUCAGUGGGAGUUUUGAUAAUGUCACAAUGGUCAAGACUGGGGUUAGAAAGGGUUGACUUUGGGUUGGGAAGGCCAGUUCAUGUGGGACCCAUAUGCAGUGAUAAGUACUGUCUGAUUUUGCCAGUAUGUAAUCAGACGGAUGCAAUUAAAGUAAUGGUAGCUGUCCCUGCAAGUGGGGUUGACAAGUAUGAAUAUUUGGUCAAGAGUCCCUACUCAUGAGGACCAAUAGAUCAAAAAUUUUUUGGCCCAUUCGUUGACCUGUAAUAUCAGUUUGACUUUUUUACUUUUUUCUUAUCACAUGAUUAGUCAGUAUAAUCCAAAUAAUAUGUGAUUAUCACUAAUCUACUAUUAUUAUUAAGCAUUUAAAAUAUUUUAUUUUUUUUCCUUCAUGUUUAUCAGAAGUUUGGCGGUGAUCUGAUCACAAACACUCCUAGAAAUGGAUGGAUAUUAACUUCUUUCUUUUUAUAGUUUUAGUAGUAUUAACUAUCUAGAUGUACAAUCUCAACCUGAUAUUUCAGUAGUAAAGAGUACUUGAAAGGUCUGCUACUA